CCUGCGUCGGCGCUUGGUACGACGCGCCGGGUCAAGGGUCGCCGGCAAGAUGGCGGCGGCGCUGACCUUCCGCCGGCUGCUGGCUCUGCCUCGGGCUGCGCGGGGUUUCGGGGUGCGAGUGUCGCCGACCGGGGAGAAGGUCACGCACACCGGCCAGGUUUAUGAUGAAAAAGACUACAGGAGGAUUCGGUUUGUCGAUCGUCAGAAAGAGGUGAAUGAGAGCUUUGCCAUUGAUUUGAUAGCCGAGCAGCCUGUGAAUGAGGUGGACCAUCGAGUCAUAUCCUGCGAUGGAGGAGGUGGUGCCCUGGGCCACCCCAAGGUGUACAUAAAUCUGGAUAAAGAAACAAAAACGGGGACAUGUGGCUACUGUGGCCUGCAAUUCAAGCAGCACCGUCACUAGUGUGGGCCGUGUCCUGGUUCUGACACCUGUGGGACAUCUCCAUGUUAGGUGUUUUGGUGGGAGGUCACUGCUCUGUGAAUGGUGUCCCUUCUUAUGAAUAAAAGACGAUACGAUCAUG